AUGGCAUCGAAAACUCGACCCACGAGCCUUGAAGGUCCACGAAACCAGGAGCGGACCGAGCUGAGCGCUUCGGGCUCACAGUAUGAAACUAUGGACAGCACGAGUCCUUUGCCGGGUGUGGCUGCGUCUGUUUAUCGUUGCGAGCGCUACGGAUGGGGAACCUGCCUCCGAACUAUCUUGGAAGGGAUUCACGACACUGUGUGUCCUCUCCAAAGCCUACAGGGACAAGAAGAGACCAUUGUGAAGCACAUCUACUCUUUUCUGGCCUCCAAAUGGGCACACCACGUGUAUCUCACACAGCCAGCCCCACCGUACACUUUGUACAAACGGCCACAUCGGUCUCGCGGUGAAGUUGAUCCCAGGCAUGGGCCCGACAGAUCCGAAUGGAUGCGAUUUCAUGAACACCAGGUCUGGUACGAUUGGGCCAGUGGCGAGCGGCCAGAACCGCCGAGCCCAGCACACUACGGACAUGUGGACAAGAAAGCAGCUUUUGUAUCGGUGAAGUACGUAACCUUUCCAGAACCCGCCGAUAGGAACAUCAACAUGAUGCCGUUUCGGUUUGGCGACAAGGACUCUUUGCCUGUGGAAUAUCAGUGCUACUGGCAUCUGAUUGAGGAGUGCCCCUACAUGGACCCCAAUCUGUUCGAGGGGUCGUCAGUUGGAUACCUCACUGUGCACGAGAGCUUUGUCGACGCCACCAAGGCUCAAAGGAGACAAGGUCUUCACAUUGAAGCCCCCGGUGUCUCCACUGCCGAGGAACUCGGAAACAUCGAAGCAUACAGCUCCCAUAGAAAGCCCGUAGUUCAUUUCCAUUGGGGAAUGGGAAGAUACGUGGAGGACGACGAAACCAUGCGCCUGGAAGGAGGAAUUUUCAUGGCCUCUACUGUCGCCAAUACCAGCCAGCUUUGGCACGCCUUGGUAGAUAAAUCCACUCCUGGAAUCGUGGAUCAUCACGGUGGCUGUGAGCACUUGCGCCCACUGCUUGGUCAGGGUCAAAAGUUGGACGCCAAUGAGCUCAUUUGGAUGACGGACAGCACACCCCACGAGGCUUUGCCUCAGCAGGAAUCGGGGUACCGCCAGUUCUUUCGAGUUGUGACGUCCGAAUCUCCCACUGGCAUGCCGAUCAUUCGACACCGAAUCCAUUGGUUCCCUUGCCUCGCGAUGUGACAGUUGUUGCUGGUAACAAAUUUGCUUGAACGUGGCUGAUGCGAAAACUGCACAAUGCGAGUAGAAGGUUCCGUGAGCCGGUUUAGAACCCGUCACGACUGACCAUGACAACCGAAUGAUACAAUGAGUCAACCCAUGUUAUGUGUUUUAACUUUUUUAAAUGAAUUGUCUUUCCGACCAG